GCUAGUCUGCACCAGCCCUCUGUAGACUCAAGACUCUUUCGGGACACCUCAGGGACACACGCGUCCACAGCUCCUUACCCUGGGCAUCACCAUGCGGUCCCUGUGGCUCUGCUGGGCACUCUGGGCAUUGUCCCUGGUUGGCCCUGGGGCAGCUCUGACUGGAGAGCAGGUUCUGGCCAGCCUACUGCAACAGCUGCAGCUUAGCCAGCCCCCGGUCUUGGACAAGGCUGAUGUGGAAGGGCUCGCCAUCCCCUCCUAUGUGAGGGAUCAGUACGUGGCCCUGCUACAGCACAGCCGUGCCAGCCACUCCAGAGGGAAGAGGUUCAGUCGGAACUUUCGAGAGGUGGCAGGCAGGUUCCUGGUGUCCGAGACCUCCACAUAUUUGCUAGUGUUCGGCAUGGAGCAGCGGCUGCCGCCUAAUAGCGAGCUGGUGCAGGCUGUGCUGCGGCUGUUCCAGGAGCCGGUCCCCACAACUGCUCUCCGGAGGCAAAAGAGGCUGUCCCCACACAGUGCCCGGGCUCGGGUCACCAUUGAGUGGCUACGCUUCCGUGAAGACGGCUCUAACCGUACAGCCCUCAUCGAUUCCAGGCUCGUGUCCAUCCACGAGAGCGGCUGGAAGGCCUUCGACGUGACGGAGGCAGUGAACUUCUGGCAGCAGCUGAAUCGGCCGAGGCAGCCAUUGCUGCUGCAGGUGUCGGUGCAGAGGGAGCAUCUGGGCCCGGGGACGUGGAGCGCACACAAGUUGGUCCGUUUCGCUGCUCAAGGGGCGCCGGGCAGCGAGGGGCGGGGCGAGCCCCAGCUGGAGCUGCACACUCUGGACCUCAAGGACUACGGGGCUCAAGGCAAUUGUGAUCCCGAGGCGCCUGUGACUGAAGGCACUCGAUGCUGUCGCCAAGAAAUGUAUCUGGACCUGCAGGGGAUGAAGUGGGCAGAGAACUGGAUCCUUGAACCCCCAGGGUUCCUGGUCUAUGAGUGUGUGGGCAGCUGCCUGCAGCUGCCAGAGUCCCUGACCAUCAAGUGGCCAUUUCUGGGGCCACGGCAGUGCGUUGCCUCAGAGACGACCUCCCUGCCCAUGAUUGUCAGCAUGAAGGAGGGAGACAGGACCAGGCCCCAAGUGGUCCACCUGCCCAACAUGAGGGUGCAGGAGUGUAGCUGUGCCUUUGAUGGGGCUCUCAUACCCAGGAGGCUGGAGCCAUAGACAAAGGAAGUGGCCUCCCCAACGAUGUGACUUUCAUGUUUAUCCGAAGUGUUCUAUUGUACUGAGAGAAGGGGAUUCUGAAUCCCUGAUGGGCUAAUGCCCUGUCUGUGUUCUUUGCUGAGCUCUCCAAGCUCUUCCCCUAAAUUUUACCUUUGUUAUGAGGAAUGUGACUCGCUGGCCACUAGGGGGCCCUACCUAGCUGUCUCUGUUCUUAUUGUUCACUGCACUGUAUGUUAAAGCACUUAACAUGUAUAGUUACUGUAAGCUAAGGACAGAAUUCCUAAUUGCCAUCGUUCCCUUAACCUGUCACUGAGCCCCAGUGACUUUGUGACUUUUGCCCUAAGACACAGAUGUAUCAAAAAUGCUCAACCUAGGUAAUACGUACUUUGCUAGAUGUGAAUAAAAUAUGUUUUGUUCUGUAA